GAGCCUGGAUUCUUGAAGGCUUCCAUGGGGAUAAAGCGAUCCCAUCACUCCUCUUAUUACCUGCCUUGGAGACAACAGUUUUGCUUGCUCUCUGCCUUCCCUCUCGUCCACCAUCUCUGUAUGCAAGCAAGCAGUUUUUAAUACGAGGCCUUCGCUUAGUGCUGAAGCUGCUUGCUGUGCCUUGGAGCAGCUAUUGGGCUUCUCUACAAAUACUUUGCGCGCCAUGGACGGCGACUUGAAGAAGCUGAGGUAAAGCAGGUGCCUGCAGCAGCAUCUAGACCUCAAUCUGCUGAAGGGUUUGAUCUUUCAUCCUUUUGCCCGGCUAACCGGUUCGGUUCUCUGGAGUAGGAAAGGGAAAUAACUUUGGAAGACAGACUUCGGCAGUACCACCACAACAAAGCGCAGCUCUUGGAAGUUGUAAGUGAUUAAUAUAUGGUGAUUCAGCUUUUACAAACAUGGGAGCACAAAAAUCAUCUGAGAUGAGCAGUGGCGGGGAAUAUGACGCUGCAUUCGCAGCCACAAUUGCAGCAGCAGCAUUCGCAAUUGCUGCUCGAGAAGAGAAGCUUGCAACUCAGAAGAACCCUAUACCCAUCGAGGCGGUGCCGCCUGCCCUGUCGCCAGUCAAGAGAGCAGAAAGCAUGAAAAGACCUGGAGGAGGAAGCAAAAUCUCAAGAUGGUUCAGUGGCAAAGAACCCGUUGAAGAUGAUGAUGACGGACCAGUCAACGUAUCUGUAAGGAGGCCGCUGAAACCAGCACCUGGAAAGCCUGAAGAUAUAGCUCCAGAUCAUAAGGUGACACCAAAGAUGCUUGAAACUUCUAUGAGUGUAAAGAAGGGUUCAGGAUCCUCCAACAAAACAGCAGAUAGGAAAGGCAGCAAGAAGUUUGAACAAGAACAGGCGAUUCAGAAAGUCCCGUCGGCCGUCAGGCCAGCUACAUCGUAUCAUUCUAGACAGAACGGAGAAGGCACAGCUGGAGUGACUGCUAUUGGUGGCACGGGAACCAAGGCUGAAGAAUGGGAGAAGGCAAAGCUUGCAAGAGUUAGGGAAGAGUAUGAAAAGAUGAUCGAGACCAUAGCUGAAUGGGAGACCGAAAAGAAGGUGAAGGCGAGACGCCAAAAAGAACAGAAAGAGACCAAGUUAGACAAAAAGAGAGCAAAGACACUGGAAGAAUACAACCAAGAGAUGACAAGGAUCAACAAAGUUGCUGGAGGAGCAAGGUCGAUGGCGGAGGAAAGAAAAUAUAAUGAUGAGAAGAAGAUCAGAGAGAAGGCGUACAAGAUACGAUCCACUGGAAAGCUUCCCCGCACAUGUGCUUGCUUUUGAGAAAAGAUCAAUACUGUGAAAUUUGAAACAAAACGAAGGGUGUAACUUGAAGGUUGUAAAAGCCACAAAAUUGUUAUGUAUUGUAAGAUAUAUUUGGUUUGACAACUGAUGAAGUGAUGAGUCUAUAGAAUUCCAUGCAACUACCCA